AAAAGGAAAAACAAGUGCAAGAAACUAAUAGAAAAAAAGAAGUGAAACCCCAAAAUUCAAAACAGUGUCACAGAUAAGGAGGGCAUCCACAUUUUCCCUUCCUUCACACUCCCCAACUUCUGUCGGCCGGCGGGAGAUAAAAAUGGCGAAUAUGAGGACCGCGAUGGAUGCAGCAUUCUGGGACCUCAACAUUUCUACACCGAGAGUUCUAGAUGGGACGGCCAGGUCCAUUCCAGGGGAGCCCAUACCACUUGAUGGUAGCACAGCCAGUAGAGCUCUCAGAGUCCAACAACUUUCUCUUCUCGGAAAUGGCUUUCCUCUCGGAAUCAUUCCCUCUUAUUCUCCCACUCCACGCAAGGAAUUGGGCUCUUUUGCUCUUCAGUCCCUUUUGUUUAAACCUGCCACUUCUAACUGGUGGCUUGGAUUCACAGCUCAGUUUCGGCCAAAGAAACUGGUAUCUGACAUUAAAGCUGAGUUAUCUAGUGUGGAUGAAUGGGAGCCGUCGAUACUAAAAGACAUUGGCAAGCAUUUCUUGGAGAAGUCACUUUAUGCCUUUGGUCUGUGCUCGCAGCUAUCUCUGACAUCCUCUUCUUCUCUGUUAUUGAGCACGGAAAAGCAUGGCGAGAAGAAAGGACGACGCUUGAGGGCCAUGCUCUUUCAUAAGCUUCCUGAGCACGACGUUACUUUGGAAGCAGCUUGGCCUGAGCUAUUCAUAGACCAUAAGGGUAGAUAUUGGGAGGUCCCAGAGUCAAUAUCCUUGAACUGCUCAUCGCUGGUUUCCGAGGAUGGAUUGCGAUACCGUUUUGGCUUACAUAAAAAUGGUGGCCAUCCUCGGGCUGUUGAUAACAUUACUGAUGAGCCACCACUCAGUCUGAUGCAAGGAAUAUGUGGAAAAGCAGCCUUUUCUUAUGAGAAGAGCAAAGAUUUCUGGAGACUCAAGGAAAAAAAAGAGGACAUCAUUAUUGAAACCGAUGAGGGACGGUUUUAUCGCCCUUCUUAUGAUAUUCGUCUUAGAGAGCCUCAUGCAGCAGUAUCUGGAAUUAUUGGGGGGACUCUUGAGGCAUGGCUCAAAAAUGGUAGCAGCAGUUCCUCAGAUUCGAGGCAUCGAAGUCCCUUUGGUGUCGAUUUAUUUGGUUCACUUUGCUAUACUUUUCAACAUGGUAAAUUCAAAGAGUCUUUUGGAGACCUCACAAGGGUAGAUGCUCGUCUAGAUGUCUCCUCUGCUUCAGCAUUAGCCAAACAGGUUUCAAAAGUCUUCAGAAAAGCAUCAUCUGAUAAUGCAAGAGAUGUGCUCUCCUCACCCAGGCUCAAAUUGAUACUUCAGCAGCAGGUUGCUGGACCAAUUGUGUUCAGAGUAGAUUCAAAGUUUCUGCUGAAUUCACCAGCUGGCAGGCCUGGCCUACAAUUGGAGGAUUUUGUAUGUAGUUUAAAUUACUCUCUAAAGCUUCUACAGUCUGGGAAAGUGGUAGCAUGGUAUUCUCCCAAAAGGAAAGAGGGAAUGAUUGAGUUACGCCUAUUUGAGUUUUAGAACUGUUUACUUUUCUAUUGAAUGCUUUGUAGUUAGUGUUCUUAUCACUAUACUGUAUGUUAUUUCUUGGCAAAUGACCCUUGCAUCUGAUUCAUAGUCAAUUUUGUUCCUUCUUUA